AUGAUGGAGGGGAUUUUGGCUACAUUGGUUCAAUUCAAUGAUCCAUUGUACCGAUGCUUUACCUUUCCAGAUUAUCAGCCUAUGCCUACCUUGGAGGAGUUUUCUCACUUGAUUGGCUUACUCAUCCAAGAUCAAGUUCCCUUUUUCGGUUUAGAAGAAAUUCUAAAGCAUCAAGACAUUGCAGAAGCUACUCAUUUAAAGAUGUCUGAGAUCAAAGCUAAUCUAAGUACAAAAGGAGGAAUUCUUGGCUUUCCUGCUAAAUUCUUCAUAGAGGAAGCUCGUUAUUUUGCUAGCAUGAAUAGUAUGGAUGCUUUUGAGGCUAUUCUUGAAUUUCUCAUCUAUGGAUUAUUCCUCUUCCCUAAUAUUGACGAUUUUGUUGACAUUAACGCUAUCAAAAUAUUCUUAAUUGGAAAUCCAAUACCUACCUUACUUGCCAAUGUUUACCAUUCAGUCCAUCUCAGGAAUUUUCAUAAGGGAGGAAUGAUCACAUGUUUUGUAAAUCUGCUCUACAAGUGGUUUAUUUCGCAUUUGCCUCGAUCUACUUCAUUUUGGGACCUUAAUGAUGAUUUGCUAUGGUCACAAAAGAUUAUGUCUCUCACUCAAUCUGACAUUGAUUGGUUUGAUUGCGCUUAUGAGGGGGUGACAAUUAUUGAUAGUUAUGCUGACGCGGAGAAACUCAAGAUUUCUUUGACUAGGGUGCAACGAGAAAGGGAUGCUUCGAAGAAUAAGUAUCAGAUUGUUCGCACAGAGAAUGAAGAACUUCAAAGACACUUGAACCAGAGGAAUGACGAAGAUCUUGUUAAUAAGAAAAGAAAGGUGCAAGAGCUCUUCCUCUAG